GUUGAACUUUAACCAAUGCAACCAACAUAACCAAUAAUUUGAUUCGUUAGUAUAAUUUGAUUGUAUACUCUUUAUAUUAACUGUAAUUUUCUAUAAUUUGGAUGAUUGUAAUACAGAAUAUCCGAUAUUUUUUAAUAGAUAUUAGAAAUGACUUAUAUAAAUAGAAAAAUUAACUUACGGAAAAUUAAAACAGAUGCAAUAUUGUAACAGACGGAUUGUUAACCAAAAAAAAACAUACGAUAAAAAUAUCAGUAAGCUAUCCAAUAUUAUUCUCAGCAUAUAUUAUUCGAUCAGGAAUUGAAGAUAAAUUACACGAUAGAAGUGUCUUAAUUGUUAUUUCAAUAUAUAUUAUAUUAAUAAUAUACAUAACGUGACAUAUAUGUACAGUAGCUAAUAAUGAAGAACAUUAACCCACGUGUUCAUGGUUAUUGACGAGAUAAUACUAACAGAUGAAUGAAAUUCAUUAAAAGAAUCUUCUUAUUAUCGGUAUUAUUAAUAGGAACCGAAUAAAACAUUUAACAUGGCGAAUUUCGACGAAGUGAAGAAAAUAAUAUUAGCCUUAUUAAUUUCCCGAAAAGAACCUACUUCUUUAAGCAUGCUAGUAAAAGAUUAUUUUGAACAAGAAGGUAAAUCUAUACCGUGGAAAGAGUUAGGGCAUGCUUCAUUAUUAAAUUAUUUGAAAAGUAUGUCAAAUUGUAUAUCUUUAGAGAAAAAUGAUGGUAUAUAUUAUGCUCGUGGUAUUGCAUCUAAUAAAUCUAAACAUAUUAGUUCGUUGGUAGCAAGACAAAAAACAAAGUUAAAAAUUCGAUCUCACGUACGUAAAUACAAAUCCAGCCAAUAUUAUCCAAUUAAAUCAAUACCGAGGAUUCACAUACCUGAUAAUAUAUUGAGUGAUUUAAUAUUGAUUAUUAAACAAAGUCCAAAUGGUAUUAAUAAAGAUUAUGCUUUAAAAUGGCUUCAUAAUAAAUUACCAGACUUAAACUUGUCUAUAACAAGUCUUGAAGAGAUAGUAAAGGAUAUGCCACAUAAGAUACAUAUAGAUGGACAUAGAAUCUUUUCAUUUCAAAAUGAAAAGAAAUCUGAUCAAUGUUGGUUUUCAAAAAAUUUGCCAAUGGUAGAAAAUGAAAAUCUACAGUCUAAAGAUUCUGUGAAAUUAAAAUAUUUUGUUAGUGGGGAUACCGAAUCUGAGAAAGAAUCAGAUGAUGAUGUAGCAAAGAAAAAUCGGAUGAUGAAUAGCACAGAUAAUAAAAACCAAAUUUCUAACAAGAAGCAAUCUACUUCUACAUUCAUACAAAAGACUGUAUCUAAAUGUCAUAAAACAGAUGAUCAUAUGCAACAUUAUAGUUCGGAAAGUAAUACUGUUUUAGAUAAUUCUUUACAAAAAUUACAUAACGAGAAUAUUAUACUCUUUGAUAAGAAACAUAUAAGAUUAUUUAUAAGUGAUAGAAAAAUAUAUCAACUAGAAAAACUUAUUGAAAAAUAUCCAAACGGUAUUUGGUGUGCAGAUCUUCCUAAAAAGUAUCAAGAAGAAUAUAAUGUACCUUUGAAUUAUAACGAUCUAGGUUUCAAUAGUGUACGAGAAUUUGCAUCGUAUUUGCCAGGAAUCUUUCAAUGUAGAAAACUUCCACAAUCAGAGGAUUUUAUUCUCUAUGAUGCUAAAGCGGAAUUGACCGAUAUCAAUAAAACAACACUUCCAAAUAAAAUUGGACCAUAUACUCAAUCGUAUUUAAUGGAAGAUGAAACAGAUGCUUUGCCUGUCGUAUUAUCAAAUGAUACAUCUAACAAACUAAUCCCAGAAGACGUAAUGGCUCUAGGAGAAUCUGUAGGACAAAUAUAUGUAAAAGAUAUACAAAAUAGACCACAGCAAUACGUAGAAGUUAUGGUUAUAGAAGUAUUUAUGCCAUCGUUAUUUUGGGUAAAUCUUCGUAAGGAACAAAAACAUUUACAUAAACUGAUGGAUGCUCUUCAUAUUUUUUACGAAGAAAACUUCUUAAAUUAUAAAAUUCCUAUUGCUGUGCUUGAAAUAGGUUUAAAUUGUGCAUGCAAAUAUAAUAAUAGUUGGCAUAGAGGGAUAAUAAAAUCUGUCAGAUAUGAUUUACACGCAACUAUAAUGUUUUAUGAUUAUGGAACGUUGAAAACUUAUCCGCCUGAGGAAUUAUUCUAUUUACAUCGAGCAUUUUCGUAUUUACCAGCUCAAGCAAUACCAUGUGGCUUGUACAAUGUUAAACCAUUUGUUGGAGAUAAAUGGUCAAGGGAUGUUACGGAAAAAUUUGCUUCUAAAGUUUUACUGGAACCUCUUAUUGCAACUAUAGUAUCAACUGAUCCAGAGAAUAAUUCUAUGCUGGUAACUUUGGUUAAUACAAAAACAGAAGAGGAUGUACAUAUUAAUGAUUGGAUGGUUCAUCAAAAUCUGGCAGUAUAUGGAAAAAUGGGUGAUGUAAUUGACAUGAGUAAUUUAAUGUCAUUUGUGGAGGAAAAUUUACUUUAUGAUCUAGACAACAAAUGUUAUGAAAAGGAUUAUUAUAUUCCUAAUGAAGAGAAUGAUAAAACUUGUGAAAAAUAUUUAAAAAACACUCCUUUGAUAUCACCUCAGAGCACAUUACCUAAACAAUCAUCCAAUAUAUUAUUUCGUUCAUCAUUCUGUGAUGAUUUUACUAAAUUAGCGCAAAAGAAUUCAGAUUAUAAUCCAUUUUUAAACGUACAUAAUGAUGAAUGCAAUAAUUGGGAAGAUGAACAAGCAGGCAAAAAAAUUUCAACUAACAAUCCUUUCUUUGAAUCCAUAAAUAAGCAAACAGAGUUUAUUAAUACUUUGUCACCAGAAAUGUUUAUGCAAAUUUUGAAGACAAAUGAAAAAAUUCAAAAGCAAAUAUUAUUCAUAUUUUCUUCUCUUAUUGUAAAAUUGGACUCAGCAUUUAUUGAAAAUAAUUAUCAUUCACCAGAAAGCGAAUUAAAGAAAAGUUACGAAGAACGUUUGCUUCAUGCUUCUGAAUUUUUGGAAAAUAUUAUUUUAAAAGAAGAUAUAUCAACUUUAUUAAAAUCAAAACCAACAAACUAUUUUAAUAAUACUAACACUGGUUUUCAAUCUGAUCAAAGUAAUGGAAUGUUUAUGUCUUUAUUUGCAAAUAAUAAUAAUUAUGUUGCUAAUGGAAAGUCAGAAAUCAAUAAUUAUAACGCAAACAAAGUACAAUACGAACCGUUCGAACAAAUAAAUGACACGAAUAAUAUUGUUAUAAAUUCGAAACCAGAAGUUUCAUAUAUCCAAUCUAUUUGUACGGAUAAUGAUAAUAGCGCUAUUAUAAAUUCAUGUCAAGAAAAAUCAGCUAUGACUGAAUUAAAAACCAAAACGGCUGCUUUCCCAUAUCAAAAUGAUUUUAAAGAUAUAAACAAAAAUCAAUCUAAUAUAUCUAAUUCAAUAUUGAAAAGAGAAAUAAUAUAUAAUGAAUGUAAUGAAACCAAUCCAUUUAAAAUCAUAUUAAAAUUGAAAGAGUGCAAAGACUUAAAUGCAGUUCAAGUAGAAGAUAAUAAGCUUGAUUUCGAGAAAUAUUAUUUAUCAGACUGUACUAAUUUCGAUCAAAAUCGUAUUGAAAUGAACAAUACACAUGAUCAUGAAUCAACAAAACAAUAUAACGAUUAUAUGUCAGAAUUUCUAUCGACAGACAACAACAGACAAUAUGCAACAUCUAAUAUGAAUCUUGGCACAUCAUUAUUUUCAGAAAAUGAUUAUUUUCAGUCCUUUAACACUUAUUCUACAUCAUUUGGGAAUAAUGAAACAGAAGAAUUAAUUAAUUCAACAGUUUUAUCGUCAUUAAAUAACUUAUUGAUAUCAGACGAAUUCAGGUUUGAUAGACAAAAUUUUAGCCCUAAUUCCGAAGUAUGCUUCAAUAUGUCAAAUAAAGGAUGUAUUAAGGAAUUAAAAGUUAAUAGUUCACAAGAAUCAGUAAAUAUUCCUGGAAGAACUUUACUCGAAGAUGUGGAGAAGCCUAUAUUAUCUCAAGUAAAUGUUCCAAAUGAAUCACAUAUAAAUCAACAGCACCAAACUACUGUAGUUUGUCCGAAUAAUUAUGAAAAAGCAAUUACAAAUUUUGAUUCACAGUAUACAGAUACAGUAUACUAUAGAGAACACACAAAUAAUGACGAAAGGAAUGUUAAUCAUGUUAUAGAAAAUAAUAUAGAUUUUCAGAAUUACAAUGGAACAUUUCCAACUAAUUCAAAUAUCAUCGAUAUCAAUCAUCGAGAACAGGAUGUAGAAAAUGAACAUGAUAACCAGAAUACAUAUUUUAUAAAGACAUUGACCAAAGAGAAAAUAAAUGUUCCUUGGAACGAAUCUUUAGUAAGAACUGAUAAAGGAUUGACAAGACUUUAUUUUCGAAUAACAGAAUUAAACAAAAAGAAAUUCUGCAUAUUUCAUUUGGAAAAUCAAGGAUGGAUACGUGUUAAUGAUUUUGUGGAAGAAUUUACUAAUUAUAAAACAGUUUCAGAAUUUUACGAACAGUUACAGCAUGACCAUCUUUCUAUUGCUUAUUUUAAGAAAAUUAAAAGAUUAGAAAAUUUAACUCCAUUUUUUCAAUACGAUGAGAUCUUUUUAAAUGUGUUUGGAGAUAAGAUGAACAAGAAUGUUGAUAUUCAACUGAUAUCAUUAAUUUCUAUUUUAAAAAUAUUAUUAAAACUUAGAAUAAUUACGUACGAAGAUAUAAAUGACGUUAAGGAAAAUGGUACAAACUUUACAGGAAAUACAAUUGUUUAUAAAGCAUGGAUUUUAAUUGCAUGUUAUGGAAAAUUAAAACCUUUCAUACCAGAAAUGUUAUAGUAAACAUUAUGUAAAACAAAUGUAAUUUAUGUAAGAUAUAAAUUAUUUUAUAAUCUGUUGUACUUAGAGUUUAUCUUCUUGUUAAGAAAGAGUCUAUAGAUAUAUUUUUUUAUUACAACUAGUAUAUAGAAAACAUAAGUAUCAUGUAUUAGAAAGUAUAAUAUAAAGAGUUAUAUUAUUAAUACAGAACUACAUAUAUUUAUUAUACUAAACGCUUUUAUGCAAACAAAGUUCCUUGGAAGUACAAUUAAUAGUUGUAAUUAUAUAGUAUUAUUACGAUUAUUAUAAAUA